AUGGCUUUCGCGUCCCUCCUCGCCUUUGUCGCUCUCGCCGCCGUUGCGCGCUCUGCACCGACCGCCGUCUGCCCCGACGGCACCCGGGUCAGCAACGCGGCCUGCUGCGCGUUCAUCCCCCUCGCCAAGGAUCUCCAGGAGACCAUCUUCCAAAACGAAUGCGGUGAAGAUGCCCACGAGGUCAUCCGUCUGACCUUCCACGACGCCAUUGCCAUCUCCCAGAGCCUCGGUCCCAAGGCUGGCGGAGGCGCCGACGGAUCCAUGCUCCUCUUCCCCACCGUCGAGCCCAACUUCGCCGCCAACAACGGUAUCGACGACAGCGUCAACAACCUCAUCCCGUUCCUCGCUCGUCACCCGACGAUCAGUGCCGGUGAUCUCGUCCAGUUCGCUGGCACCGUUGCGUUGAGCAACUGCCCCGGCGCGCCCCAACUGGAGUUCUUGGCUGGCCGCCCCAACAAGACGAUCGCGGCCGUCGACGGCCUGAUCCCGGAGCCGCAAGAUAGCGUGUCGAAGAUCCUGGCGCGGUUCGAGGAUGCGGGCAACUUCUCGCCCUUCGAGGUCGUCUCUCUCCUCGCUUCUCACUCGGUCGCGCGUGCGGACAAGGUUGACUUGACCAUCGACGCCGCUCCGUUCGACUCGACGCCGUUCACCUUCGAUACCCAGGUGUUCCUCGAGGUGCUCCUCAAGGGUACCGGGUUCCCCGGCACGGGCAACAACACCGGCGAGGUCACCUCUCCUCUCCCCGUCGGCAGCGGCAACGACACCGGCGAGCUCCGCCUGCAAUCCGACUUUGCGCUCGCCCGGGACUCGCGCACGGCGUGCUUCUGGCAAGGAUUCGUUAACCAGCAGGAGUUCAUGGCGGCGAGCUUCAAGGCGGCGAUGGCCAAGCUCGCGGUGCUCGGGCACAACCGGAACUCGCUCAUCGACUGCUCGGAUGUCGUCCCCGCGCCGAGCACCGCCGCGGUAAAGCCGGCGUCGUUCCCGGCGACGAAGGGCCCGGCCGACCUCGAGAUCGCCUGCACCGCGCGCGCGUUCCCGACUCUCACCAGCGACCGCGGGGCUACUGAGACCCUCAUCCCUCACUGCCCCGACGGCGGCCAGGACUGCCCUGCCGUCCAGUUCGACGGCCCGGCUUAACUUAUACGAUUUCCUUAUCUUUGUACAUGCUGGGUUUUGGGUUGCUGCAAUAUCAGUUAUGUGUACC